AUGGCUGUUCAGCUCAAGCGCCAUGCAUCAUGGGCCGGGUUGGGGAUGUGUGAGCCCUGCGGGAGGGGUCUGGACCUGGGCCAGUUUGUCAACAUCAAGCAUCUUAGCCUCCCCAGAUCAAACCCAGGAGCAGGGACAGAGUCAGAGGCCAUGGUCAGGACCGACGGGUCGGGUUGGCUUCAGAGUUACUGGGUCAGCCAAGCCAAGCAGCUCCUCAUAAGAGCUAGCCUACUUCUCUCUUUCUAGCAGUUAGCCUACAUCUCCGACCAUGCUCUGAAACCCCUGUGUACUUAUGUAAUAUAAUGAACAAAAAGAUUUGGGUCUUCUUUUUUGUGUCGCUGAAGUGUAAUUGAGGUUGCGUUAUGCAGUUCUGUGCUACGUCACAACCUACUUCUGGGGUAUUGUAAUCUUCCUAGGGAAAGUAAAACCAUCCCAUGAUGUAGCCCAGUGAGCACCACCUGACACUGAAGUCCAUGGACGUUGAAAUUUGUUCCGUCCGCCCUGGCGUUGAUUUCAAUGUCCAGUCGUCCACAGAUGUCGUUUUUUGGCCCGGUCCGGCCAUGAUUUCAACGUCCACAGACAUAGACGUAUAAUGGCUCUCAUGAGUUACUGAGCUGAGCUCCACAUGAAGACAGAUUACCGUUACCCCUUCACCCCCUAACCCCUGCCCAUACUGGUUAGUGGUUAGAUUGGGGAGUAACUGGUUACUCUGCGCUAGGUUACACUUAAUAUCAGGAGAGGGGUAGUAUGAAGUCAUACUGCAUGGGAGACUAGUCUUGGGGAUGGUGUGUCUUUUUUAUAAAAAAAAGCAUGUUUUAACAAGCCCCAGUAUAUGGAUGGAAACCUAAAGAAAGUAAUUUAAUAUUCCAACCCACACGCACACAAACAUACCACUGUCUAUAGAAUUGCCAGCUUCAGAUCUGUAUGUCUUCCUUCCAUUGAGGCAUUGGAUGUAAGGCAGAUUUACAGCGUAUCAUUAGUGCUCCUGCCUUAAGCCAUUUACCCUAUUCCAGUUAUCGUCACGUGUUUGCUUCACCAUAGUCCAUUAGACUUGCAAAUGCAAACAGUUUGAGCACCAUAUGUUCAUAGAUUUGGUAUUCUAGGCCCUCCUAUAAACUAUUGGAAUAGCCUAGCUGCGGUUUGGAUCCUACCUGUGUGUUGCUUUAUAAUAUUCACUAUAAUACAAGUUUGACUCUUGCUCUGAUUUUGUUUUAACCACUUGAGCUUGUUGUGGUCCUCAAAAGCUUUUGGUGGUGAUGAUGAACUAGCGGUUCUAAGGACAAGAUUGGUAACCGUAACAACAACAACCAACCUAGUUUCAAAACCCAGUACCCCACAACCUGAGGUUACAAUGAAAUGACACAUCCACAGUAUGUAAGUGAGCUAAGCUUUCCUCUCAGUUUAGGUAGGAUAGCACAGUACACCUGUACUUGUUGUCAGUGUGUGUUGCGGACCUGUGUUCAAAUAUUUAAAAUACUUUUUCUGUGUAUUUGAGUAUUUUCAAAUAUACAACCCAAAACAAGUACUUUUAUUUUAAUAAUUGAAUGGUUAAUUGUAAAAAAUUAAAUAAAAAGUCUACCAAACAGUAUUUUCGAAUACUUAUUUCAAAUACUAUUUUCAAAUACAUGGGUUAAAUGCAUGGGAGUAUAUUUGAGUCCAUACAUUUGAGUAUUUUCAAAUACUUUCUAAGUGUAUUUCCACACACAUUAAAAUAUUUAACUACUUGUCUUUUCAAAAGAUAUCUGAAUACUUACUUUGAAUGUAUGUGAAAGUAAUUGAGAUAUUUGAAAUAGUAUUUGAACCCUGAGACCGAAUCCACAAAGCAUCUCAGAAACAUCUUUAAAACCUGUUUCAAGACAACAACAAAAACUCCCAGCUCAGAGUAGGUUUUAGAAUGUUGUUAAGACACUGCCCUGACAAACUCUGAGCCAGGAGUAAAAUCAACUCAUAAACAUUUAUCUCAGCUCGUAAUCACGACAGUUUGAGGUACCGCAAAGGAAAGUUAGUGAUGACGCUCAUUGACAUUGUUGCAAAUGAUGGGGAAUAACCAAUCGCGAUGAGCCAUCGCCAUUCGCCAGCUGUGAACUCUGGUCUAUAGCACGCUUCAGACAACCACGGUGAAUGUUACUGUACAUCAAAUGUUGCAAUGGUCAGGGACGGACUGGGACCAGAAAUCGGCCCUGGCAUUGCUAUCAUACCAGGCCAUUUAUACCCUCAAGGGAAACAGUGAUUAUUUUCCGCAAACUCCCAAUUUAGACAGGCCCACUGGGAUGACAAUGGACCAUCCCAUCUGGCAAUGGUAAAACGUUUGAUAUAAUUUUCGCCUGACAAGAUCGCUUUGCCUACUCUUAAUUAUUGCCUAAUAUGUUGGCAUGCAUAUUAAUUUUUUUAACCAAUUCUGAUGAUUGUUAAAAGUGGAAUUUUGAUCAUAUUACGUUAGAUCAACACAUGUCACUCCCGUUUAAAAUCUCCAAAUCGCUUUGGCACAGUAGGCAUCAACUCACUUGCCUAUAAUGUUGCAUAUAACGUUUGAAAGGUAGAUCAUUUUCAUCGAACACAAUCAAAGUUUACAUAAGCCCUAAAUACCUUCAAUUGCCCAACUUUGGAAUGCCCAAUUUAGGCAUCUUUUUUUACAACGUGAUGCUGUGCUCCAAAGGGGUAACUUGAAAUAACAUGAUUUAGGUCAUUAAAUAAUCAAAGAAAAAAAUGUGUUUAUUUAUUAGCCUAGUGGUGUAAAGUAUUUAGGCAUAUCAUGUGAAAUAGGCCUCAUGACAUCGACAUCGCUGUCAAAAGUGCAAGAGAUACUGUUGCGUGUAGGUCUAGAUUAUUCAUGUUUUGAUCAUAAAGAAAUAUCAAACAUUAUUUUAACAACUCCAAUGCAAUUGCAUGUGGCGCUGGAACCACUGACUCGCUGCAUUUCUUUUAUCAAGACACCUGCUGGUAACUCUUAACUGUUUAGGACAGCUCAUGAGGUGUCCUAAAUAUCUGUCAACUAAGUGUGACUCUUAUGGCGUAAAGGGUCUCUAUUCUCAGCUGUUAUGUCCUAGAGUCCUAGAGGUGUGGGGGAGUUCUCUUCUCCAGCCCUGGGCUGUUUGGUGUCAGGUGAAGCCUGUCCUGUCCUGUACUGAAAAGAGAGCUCAUGCCAUGGUUACCUAGUUUGCAUCUUUUCCAUGUUUCCAUGUUGCUAGGCCGUCCAGGCUGUUUCCUAGAAUGUAUUAUGAGUGGCUUUUUGACGAAUGAAGAGAAAUCAUCUGUUUCAACAUUGAAAAGUGGUGAUAUUGGAUUCUCUGCAUUGCUAUUAGUAGUUAAUUUCCAUUGACUUCGGUUAAUAAGUAGCCUAACCCUCAGCUAAUGGGCUAAAUGUGAGGUUUUUAGUGUAUUUGCUCAAUUCAGGUCCUAGCCACUAUCUUCCAUUAACUAGAACCCUGAGGCAUCCUGUUCAGAAACUGUGUGUAGCUAAAUACUGUUGUUAAUGUUACUGCUUACUGCCAGGGAAGAGCCUAGAGGGUGGACAGGAUGGACAGACAGACUUCCUCACCAUGUGAAAAGGACAAACAUUUUGUCCUGUUUUCAUCCUGGGCUCAGUCAGUGAAUGACAGCACUUGCAUAAGCAGAAUAACUGCCAUACCAGCAAAAUCUAUUUAAAAAAUGUUGUUGCAGAACUGCUACUCAGAGUCAUUAAAUAAAUUGCGAAAUAAUCACGUGGCAAUUAUUGGAUGCUAUGUAGAGCUAUAAAUGUCUUCGAGCAAGAGUGUUCAUUGACCUCAACUGAAAAGUCCAUCGACGUGCCCUCCUUAGUUGCACAGUGAGGUCUUGGGAAAGAGAGAUUCAGGCCCAGGGUAACUGAGUGUGAGGGGAUUGUUUCUCUGCAUGGGGUAAUGUAGGUCUGGUCUGGUUGCUGCUGGGGUGACUGGGUUCACCAUCCACAGUCUCCGAGCACAGCAGAGAGAGAGAGGUUAGGAAGUGAACGGAGGAGACUUAGACCAGCUCUGACCUGUCUGUCUGUCAGUAACUGUACGGUUGGGGCCUCCGGUGCUAGCAGGAUGUCACCUGGAAAAGAGAGCAUCAUCCUGAUAUUACAUUUUCAAUUUGGAAUUCUUCCCUUCGUCUGAAAUGUAAAUGCUUUUAAAUGGAGAAAGCCCACAGAUGAAAACAGGCCAGCAAAUUUCCUGUUGUCAUUUGUGAAAUUCUUCUUUGUUUUUGUUCAGUUUGUUCAAUGUAUUACAGAAUGUAGGCUAAAGUGGUAUGUCUCAGAAAAUGUGAGAAGACAGACUCUUAGAACAUCCAUAGAAUGUAUAGGAAUUUGUUCAGUUGGGACCUCAAUACAGCCCUUUGAAUGUGGCCUUAACCUGUUUUUGACUGCAUCCCAGCCUACAUUUAGUCAGUAUGUUUUACAUUUAGUCAGUAUGUUUUACAUUUAGUCAGUAUGUUUUACAUUUAGUCAGUAUGUUUACUUCCACAGUGAAUAUAAACAAUAGGAGGUGAUGCCAGGAUAUUAAAGCAAUAGUUUAACAUUUUCCAGUUUUAUUGUCACAUGCAGUGUUACAGUACAGUGAAAUGCCUUUCUUGCAAGCUCUGACCCCAACAAUGCAGUAAUCAAUAACUAUGUAAUACAAAAAAUAACAAGGUAGAACAAAAACACAUGAGAUAUAGAAAUUAGAACAGGAUAAAGUAAGCAUACUAUAUACAGGGUCAGUUCCAGAACCAUAUUUACAAUGUGCAGGGAUACUGGAUCGAUAGAGAUACAGUGAGGGAAAAAAGUAUUUGAUCCCCUGCUGAUUUUGUACGUUUGCCCACUGACAAAGAAAUGAUCAGUCUAUACAUUUAAUGGUAGGUUUAUUUGAACAGUAAGAGACAGAAUAACAACAAAAAAAUCCAGAAAAACGCAUGUCAAAAAUGUUAUACAUUGAUUUGCAUUUUAAUGAGGGAAAUAAGUAUUUGACCCCCCUCUCAAUCAGAAAGAUUUCUGGCUCCCAGGUGUCUUUUAUACAGGUAACGAGCAGAGAUUAGGAGCACACUCUUAAAGGGAGUGCUCCUAAUCUCAGCUUGUUACCUGUAUAAAAGACACCUGUCCACAGAAGCAAUCAAUCAAUCAGAUUACAAACUCUCCACCAUGGCCAAGACCAAAGAGCUCUCCAAGGAUGUCAGGGACAAGAUUGUAGACCUACACAAGGCUGGAAUGGGCUACAAGACCAUCGCCAAGCAGCUUGGUGAGAAGGUGACAACAGUUGGUGCGAUUAUUUGCAAAUGGAAGAAACACAAAAUAACUGUCAAUCUCCGUCGCCCUGGGGCUCCAUGGAGUUGCAAUGAUCAUGAGAACGGUGAGGAAUCAGCCCAGAACUACACGGGAGGAUCUUGUCAAUGAUCUCAAGGCAGCUGGGACCAUAGCCACCAAGAAAACAAUUGGUAACACACUACGCCGUGAAUGACUGAAAUCCUGCAGCGCCCGCAAGAUCCCCCUGCUCAAGAAAGCACAUAUACAAGCCCGUCUGAAGUUUGCCAAUGAACAUCUGAAUCAUUCAGAGGAGAACUGGGUGAAAGUGUUGUGGUAAGAUGAGACCAAAAUCGAGCUCUUUGGCAUCAACUCAACUCGCCGUGUUUGGAGGAGGAGGAAUGCUGCCUAUGACCCCAAGAACACCAUCCCCACCAUCAAACAUGGAGGUGGAAACAUGCUUUGGGGGUGUUUUUCUGCUAAGGGGACAGGACAACUUCACUGCAUCAAAGGGAUGAUGGACGGGGCCAUGUACCGUCAAAUCUUGGGUGAGAACCUCCUUCCCUCAGCCAGGAUAUUGAAAAUGGGUCGUGGAUGGGUAUUCCAGCAUGACAAUGACCCAAAACACAUGGCCAAGGCAACAAAGGAGUGGCUCAAGAAGGAGCACAUUAAGGUCCUGGAGUGGCCUAGCCAGUCUCCAGACCUUAAUCCCAUAGAAAAUCUGUGGAGGGAGCUGAAGGUUUGAGUUGCCAAACGUCAGCCUCGAAACCUUAAUGACUUGGAGAAGAUCUGCAAAGAGGAGUGGGACAAAAUCCUUCCUGAGAUGUGUGUAAACCUGGUGGCCAACUACAAGAAACGUCUGACCUCUGUGAUUGCCAACAAGGGUUUUGCCACCAAGUACUAAGUCAUGUUUUGCAGAGGGGUCAAAUACUUAUUUCCCUCAUUAAAAUGCAAAUCAAUUUAUAACAUUUUUGACAUGAGUUUUUCUGGGUUUUUUCUCUCACUAUUCAAAUAAACCUACCAUUAAAAUUAUAGACUGAUCAUUUCUUUGUCAGUGGGCAAACGUACAAAAUCAGCAGGGGAUCAAAUACUUUUUUUCCCUCACUGUAGAUAUGUAUAGGGGUAAGGUGACUAGGCAUCAGGAUGUAUGAUAAACAGAGUAGCAGCAGCGUAUAUGAUGAUUGUACAUGAGUGGGUGUGUGUAGAGUCAGUAUAAAUGUAUGUACAUAUUAUGUGUGUGAGUAAAUUAUGAAGUGAGUGCUUGUAUGUGUGUUGGAGUGUCAGUGUGCGUGAGUGUGUAGGGCCCUGUGAGUGUGCAUAGAGACCAGUAGCCUUGACAGUAUGGGUAGGCUCUGAAAAUAAGAAUAAAAUACAACGGUCAACUCAGAUAGUCCGUGUAGCCAUUUUGUUAGCUAUUUAGUUAGCUAUUUAGCAGUCUUAUGGCAUUGGGGAGAGAAGCUGUUCAGGAGCCUUUUGGUGUCAGACUUGAUGCGCCUGUACCGCAUGCCGUGCGGAAGCAGAGAGAACAGUCUAUGGCUUGGGAGGUUGGAGUCUUUAACGAUUUUCCGGGCCUUCCUGUCACACCGCCUGAUUAUAGAGGUCCUGGAUGGCAAGGAGCUCGGCCCCAGUGAUGUACAGUGGAGAAAAAAAGUAUUUAGUCAGCCACCAAUUGUGCAAGUUCUCCCACUUAAAAAGAUGAGAGAGGCCUAUAAUUUUCAUCAUAGGUACACGUCAACUAUGACAGACAAAAUGAGAAAAAUAAUUCCAGAAAAUCACAUUGUAGCAUUUUUAAUGAAUUUAUUUGCUAAUUAUGGUGGAAAAUAAGUAUUUGGUCAAUAACAAAAGUUUCUCAAUACUUUGUUAUAUACCCUUUGUUGGCAAUGACACAGGUCAAACGUUUUUUGUAAGUCUUCACAAGGUUUUCACACACUGUUGCUGGUAUUUUGGCCCAUUCCUCCAUGCAGAUCUCCUCUAGAGCAGUGAUGUUUUGGGGCUGUCGCUGGGCAACACGGACUUUCAACUCCCUCCAAAGAUUUUCUAUGGGGUUGAGAUCUGGAGACUGGCUAGGCCACUCCAGGACCUUGAAAUGCUUCUUAUGAAGCAACUCCUUCGUUGCUCGGGCGGUGUGUUUGGGAUCAUUGUCAUGCUGAAAGACCCAGCCAUGUUUCAUCUUCAAUGCCCUUGCUGAUGGAAGGAGGUUUUCACUCAAAAUCUCACGAUACAUGGCCCCAUUCAUUCUUUCCUUUACACGGAUCAGUCGUCCUGGUCCCUUUGCAGAAAAACAGCCCCAAAGCAUGAUGUUUCCACCCCCAUGCUUCACAGUAGGUAUGGUGUUCUUUGGAUGCAACUCAGCAUUCUUUGUCCUCCAAACAUGACGAGUUGAGUUUUUACCAAAAAGUUAUAUUUUGGUUUCAUCUGACCAUAUGACAUUCUCCCAAUCCUCUUCUGGAUCAUCCAAAUGCACUCUAGCAAACUUCAGACGGGCCUGGACAUGUACUGGCUUAAGCAGGGGGACACGUCUGGCACUGCAGGAUUUGAGUCCCUGGCGGCGUAGUGUGUUACUGAUGGUAGGCCUUUGUUACUUUGGUCCCAGCUCUCUGCAGGUCAUUCACUAGGUACCCCCGUGUGGUUCUGGGAUUUUUGAUCACCGUUCUUGUGAUCAUUUUGACCCCACGGGGUGAGAUCUUGCGUGGAGCCCCAGAUCGAGGGAGAUUAUCAGUAGUCUUGUAUGUCUUCCAUUUCCUAAUAAUUGCUCCCACAGUUGAUUUCUUCAAACCAAGCUGCUUACCUAUUGCAGAUUCAGUCUUCCCAGCCUGGUGCAGGUCUACAAUUUUGUUUCUGGUGUCCUUUGACAGCUCUUUGGUCUUGGCCAUAGUGGAGUUUGGAGUGUGACUGUUUGAGGUUGUGGACAGGUGUCUUUUAUACUGAUAACAAGUUCAAACAGGUGCCAUUAAUACAGGAAACGAGUGGAGGACAGAGGAGCCUCUUAAAGAAGAAGUUACAGGUCUGUGAGAGCCAGAAAUCUUGCUUGUUUGUAGGUGACCAAAUACUUAUUUUCCACCAUAAUUUGCAAAUAAAUUCAUAAAAAAUCCUACAAUGUAAUUUUCUGGAAAAAAAAUGCUCAAUUUGUCUGUCAUAGUUGACGUGUACCUAUGAUGAAAAUUAAAGGCCUCUCUCAUCUUUUUAAGUGGGAGAACUUGCACAAUUGGUGGCUGACUAAAUAAUUUUUUCCCCCAAUGUAGUAGUAGUAGUAGCCUAGGAAGCCUAGUAGCCAAACAUAGGCUAGCUAUUAAUAAAUUAGAAAAUAUGACCAUGCUAUGUAAUGCAGCUUGAAGUGGAGAACAUUCUGACCUGCUUUUAGUAUGUACGUCUCUGCAAUAAGCCCACUCAGGUUACCCUCUGUGACUCCGCAAACUCCGGUCACUCUCUAAGCUGAAAUUUCCAUAACAAUUGUUCAUUUUAUGAUAAAAGCACAACAUUUGGCAGAGAGGUAGAUUCAAUAGCGGAGAUGACCACACAUGCCUGGUUUGCUAAGUUCGCCGUAUUGUACAUUGCUCUUCCUUACUCUUUUUUGUAUUAAAAACUCUGUGGAUAGUGCUAAAACAAGGACAUCAUCUUUAUGCACAUUCGCCAUUCACCUAGUACAUCCUGCAAAUAUUGCUUGUAUCACAAUCUGAACGAUUAUUAACCCCACUACUGAGUCUUUGAGUCAGUGAAUGUGACAGAACCAAUGUCAUGGCCUUAUGUUUCCAUCCCUAGGAUUGGCUCUAGCACUAACUCUGUUUACUAGCCUGGUGCCUCAUUUAUCAGCCGUGAGUACAUUUCGUACUAAAUUCUAGCCAACGUGGAGAUUCUAGGAUUUGCGUGCGCCACAAAUUAUUGGGAUUUAUCAAACUGUCGCACGCAACAUAAAUCAGAGCCAUAUUAUAUUUGUGUGGUCAUGAACAAGCACUACAACCCCGCCUGAAACUCCCUCCAUUUACCUUUAAUGGUAACAAAAACGUGCUCAUUUGCUGUAUGAUUUGGAGAUGUAACUGGGCCAUUAUAGUUCCUAAAAGAAAGUGCAAUGGUAAAUCUGAUCACAUUUCUGUGGAGGCGUGGGCAGAAUGUUGCAGUGACUUUUCCAAACUAAAAAUGCAUGCCGCCUAGCGAGUGCCAAACACUGGCCGCGCAUUCUGCAAGAUCGAUUGUCCUUUCAAACAAUUUAAAAGUAAAUGCUACAGCCCACACGUCUAUGCAAAAGACAAGCUGUUGUUCAAUAUUGUGUUUAUCAAAACAUGAUUGUGUUUCUAUCUCCUGCCUUGGUAUAGGCUCUGAAAUGAAAUAGGCUAGGCUAUGAUGUCGCGCUCCUAAUAUCGCACAGUAAUACUGUAGCCUACCUAUACUGUCAAGGCUACUGGUCUAUUUACUUUCGAUCAUGCUUGGCUAUUGAAUGAGCGAUUUGAUAAAUGGUAGCAUACUAUUUGUUGUGUAGUGGGAAUAAUUUAAACCAGUUAUGUCAGAAAAGGGGAGACGUCCUGCAAUAUGAUUAUGAAUUAGGCCUAUAUAAUAAAAGUAAAAUGAACAUAUUAAGUGACAUACUGCUAUGUGAUCUCCUUACCAACGGCAAAUACAUCUGUUUUAUUAUUAGGCCUAAGUUUGAAUGUUUCUGUUAUCUUACCAUUAUUAUCAUUCCAGUGCAUCAAACACCUCCCAUUUCCCCCAAACGAACAAUAAGCAUAUUUGCUUGCAAAACAGUUGAUCAACCUUCUAGAAGUUGUGAGCAUGGUUUGAGAUUUGCGUCGAGCUACGCACGCUUUCCCGUCAAGUUCAACAUUCAUAAAUACCAACCUUUGCCGGAAAACUGGCGCAUGCAAGGUUUUAGAGGAUUUGUUUGUGUGCACGCAACUUGAUAAAUGAGGCCCCUGGUCCCAGAUUUGUUUUUGCUGUCUUCCCAGCUCUUAUUGUUGUUGAGUUGGCAAGGCAGCACAAACAGAUCUGGGACCAGGCUAUCUGCUCCCUGCCUCAGCGGAGAUCUCCUUAGCAGCUGUUUCCUCUUGACAAUGACUUGCGUUAUCUGUUCCCAUACACAAAAAAAAAAAUUAUGCACGCAUGACUGUAAGUCGCUUUGGAUAAAAGCGUCUGCUAAAUGGCAUAUUAUGUAUUAUAUGAUAUAUUAUAUAUUAUUAUUAUUAUUAUAUUAUAUUAUAUAUAUAUUUAUAACUGGAGACUGCCACACCCUCCAUGCUUAGGACAAUAUCAUUUGAUUUCAGUUUAUUUAAAUUUUUACAGGGACAUUGCACAUUUAAUCAAUGUUUCAGUAAAAGUGCCGGUUUUAGCCAGCCGGCUAAUUCUCAACCGCAGUCCCUGGGCAGGUUAUUAAAAACAAUUACAAUACAGACAAACAAUGAGCAGUGAGCAACAUGCAGAGCAACGUAGGACAAGCAACACGUAGACUUGUUUUUGAUAGCUCGGAAGGAUUUGUUGGGUAUACUAUUCGCGUUCACUGAUGUGGGGCCUAGUCUUAUUUAUGGUGUUAUUAUAGACACCAGUGAUUUUGGACUGCGACGGGUUGUCAUCACAAACUUGAUCUGUUUGUACAAUCUGGAAUAAUAUAAUUAGUCUAGCAGGCAGCCUGGGGAGAGGAGGGAUUCCUCAAAGGGAAAAGAAGAGGAGUAUAAAUUGAGGCGUGACCCAGGCUCUUCCCCUGGGUGGAAUGGAAAAGAGAACUCCAAGACCUUAAAACCUGGAAUCCGUAAUGGUGAAACAGCCACGUCCGUCUGCGAUAUUUCAACAACAAACACCGUUUUUUCCCUCUGACAUCAUUGCACGCGUGAUAGAAGAGCACAAUAUAUACUGGAAUUUUGUUUACAAUGUUACUCCUUAGCUCGGCAACAAAAACGAUAACAGCGGUGUUGGGGCGGCCAGUGUCGCUGUUCCCCCACUACUGCUGAUUCCAUCUUUAAGGAAGGGAUUGACAUUCAAGUCUGGAAAUUAUUUUUUGGUUGCCCUAAGAUUAUGAUCACUUGUCAUAUUUUGCCUGCCUUUCACAUAGGGGAGGAAUCAGAAAUAUCAGCACUGGAAUUCUCUCAAAGCAGGCUCAACUUGCCAUAAAUACUGUAAAUUGUCAGUCUUUCACUUAAACAAUGGGAGGAACCAGAAAGAUCAGUAACAAAAUCAUCAGCCCAAUGCUUCUUAUCUCUAUAAUUUCUCUGAUCAAAGGGCACUGGCUGACUCUUGCACAAUGGCCCUGUGGUGGGUGGGUGGUUGGGUGGGUGUGUGUGUGCGUGGGUGUUCUUCCACUGCCGUUGCUUGUUUUUCCUCUCCCAAUCUCAUGUUUGCUUAGUUCCUAUGAUAAGAAUAAAGGCCGGAAACAAUAUUUCUUCAGCUCCAUCCUUUGUUUAUUUAUUCCAAGGAGGGUUCCUAGAGUGAGGGUUGUUAUGGCCAUGGUGGUAGACUAAUGCCUGCUGGGACCCAGAAAGAGAUCAGACAAGCAGAGCAGCUCCAUGGGUCUAGAUGUCGGCUAAGACCGGCGGCACUGUUGUUGUUCGCACCUCUAUUAGACUGGCUUCUGUUAGUCCCUGUAGUAAUUUACCUGCACCCGUAAACAAGAGGAAUAAGCACAUUCCCCACUGGACACAGACGUUAGUUCAACGUCUAGUUUUCAUUUACAUUUGGUUGAGUUGUCAACUAAUGUGAAUUCAUUGUGAAAGCAACAAAAAUAUUCACCAUGUCAUUUGGAUUAAGGUUGGAGGUUAGGUGAAAAAACAAUGAAAUGCUAUGUUGAUGACUUUUUGCAAAUCCAAUCAGUUUUCAGAUUGAUUCAAUGUCAUCACAGAUGACGUGGAAACAACGUUGAUUCUACCUGUUUUUGCCCAGUAGGUCUUCUCUUUUAAAAUAUAUUUGAUCUAGGUGGCUAUUCUGGUCCGGCAAUAUCAUUAUUCAAAAGGGCUGAUAUAACAUAGCCUAGACUAAAUCAUGUUUUUUUUGUAAUGAGGAACUGUAAGGGUUAUUUUUACAUAUCUGUUAGAAGGACAUGGUCUGUAGUGUGUAUUUGGUGUUGAAAUAAGACUCAAGUGUUUUCCUGAUCAGUGCUUCCUCUUUCCUCAGUCUCUCUUCCUGCUCGUUUGCACUACAGUGCUCUUCACUACUGGUCUAGGUGGUGUUUAGAUCAAGCCUCUGGAAAAUUCUAGUUUACUGUAUUCUCUAAUACGUUGGUUAGGAUUCAGAUAUUAAGGUCACUCAUCCUCGUCCUUUAGGACUGUCAUGUGUAGAUAAACAUGGCCUAUUCCACAGGAUCAGUCAAAGUCUAGAGCAGAGGAUACGUUUGUGUGUUUGUUUAGAUAAAUACUCUGAGGACAAAAAGAGUCACACCUGACUUCUUAACCCAGAAACGAAGCGUAAUGCAGAAAACUAUCUGAUGUAUGUAUACAAAAGCCUAUAGGCUUAAUCGCUUUUACUUACUCACCUCUUUUCUUUGUUGACAUGCAUUGUUCAUAGUAAUUCAUAAAACCUGAUUUUUUUUAAAUUGUUUUUUUAGCGUGGCAGCCGGAAGAGGAGUGCCUCACGUCACCUCACACUCUAGCAACAUUUCCCAUGUAACAACAAAGCCUGUGUGAACAGUUAAAUAUUGCUGUUAUUGUUCGUAUACUGUAAUUUAAUACGUACCCUAACCCUCAACUCUCUCUGUCCUGCAGCUUGGGUGGGCUCCCUCUCCAUGGGGAUGAUCUUCUUCUGUUCUCCCAUCGUCAGCGUCUUCACAGACCUGCUGGGCUGCAGGGUGACAGCCGUGGGCGGAGCCGCCGUGGGCCUGGUGGGACUGCUGGCCAGCUCCUUCGUCACGUCAGUACUUGUAUAGCUACCCUCCUCUUCAUCAACCACUCUGAUGUGUUGUGUCUAAAUGCUGUCGGGCGUUGGUGUGCCAGGGACUUUUUUAUACUAAAGUCCUCCCUACACGUGGUGGGUGUGUGUGGAUGUGGAUGUGUGUGUGUGUGUGUGUGUGUGUUAACAAGAUAAAGGACAUACAGGAGCUCAGCCUGCUCUCAGGUCCUCUCUUUCUAGACGUCUCACGGGAUGGCACAAUACCAAACUCUCAACCAUUAAUCUACGUUAAUCCGCGCACACACACACACACACACACACACACACACACACACACACACACACACACACACACACACACACACACUACUACAAUAAUAAUAGUUGGCUCAGUGUCAGUCAGUAAGGCUAUGGCCUGCCUUUGAACAACACCUAGAAAAACCCCUCUGGAUCUGCUCUCUGGGUGGUCUACUUUUGAUUCCCUUUGUCACAAUCAAAGUAAUUCUAGCUUUUUUUUAACCCAUUAUCUGUCUAAAAUAAGGGAACAUUACUACAGGUGACAGAUCACUGGGUCAAAGUAGAUGUACAGUGAAAGUAUUGUUAAAGGCCAUAAAUGAAUACCACAGCUGUGUUUUAUCUAGGAUCAGCCCUGUAGUGGAGUGAGAAGUGAGUAAACAUUAGCGCUCUUGUCUUGAUGACCGUAGCCCUCUGAGAGACCUGUCAUUAGCGUUAGUCUAAACUCCUGCGUGCUGUUGGCUCACAGAGGACUGGGAGGUAAACAAACACACAGGACUGACAUGACUCAGUCAGCAUAGUGAGUGGACACACACCCUGGGAGUGAGGAUGUAACUGAUACCCUCCAGGUGUUGGAAGUUGAACCAGGCUAGCAAGUUCACAGCAGCUCAAUCAUCUUCACCCUGGUGUUUGGUUUGUUUUCCAGACUCUCAAGUGAGUCAGACUUGAGAACUUGUUUAGCUAGACCCUCUAUUGAGUCAAGUUCAUAGCGCUUGUUUUUUCUGUGUAUGAAAUUUAAGCAGGUGUAAACAUAAACAUGACCGUGGGGAACUCCCAUCCUAUCCUAUCCUAUCCUGUCUCUCUUCUACUCUCUGGCCCCACAGGUCCCUGGGUCCCAUGUACUUCACCUACGGCAUCGUGUUCGCCACGGGCUGCUCCUUCGCCUACCAGCCCAGCCUGGUGAUCCUGGGACACUACUUCAAGAAGCGCCUGGGCCUUGUCAACGGCAUCGUGACGGCCGGCAGCUCUGCCUUCACCGUCACCCUGCCCUUCCUCCUGUCUGGCCUGCUGGAGAAGGUGGGCCUGCAGAACACCAUGAGGGUCCUCAGCAUCCUCAUGUUCAUCCUCAUGCUGGCUGGGCUAACCUACACUCCCCUGCUGCCCAAGCCUGUCAGCAGCAACAAGCAAGGCAGCCGCUGCCCGUCCAUGAGCAAGCUGUUCAAUGUCAACAUCUGGAAGUCUCUGGGCUACCGGAUCUGGGCCUUCGGCAUCCCGGCAGCCCUCUACGGAUACUUUGUGCCUUACGUUCACCUGGUGAGUUGUUUUGUUUUUCAGUGGUGAUGUGUGGUUUUCAUUACUCAGGUCUCUCUGUGUUAAAGGUUACUGACAUGUAGCAAAAAAGAACAGAGGUAGAAACACAACAUAGAAACGUGGCAGUGUGGAACAUGUGGGGUUUAUUUCGUGUCCACUGUCCAUCAUAUUCUCAAUAUCUCCCUCAUUGUGUGUUUUGGACAUUGGCUCUGGGUAACUCAGUUGGCAGUAAUAGCCAGGGGUGAGGGGUCAGUAGAUCUAGAGCAGGGAUCUCUACCAGUAGCUCGCUGCCCACCUAUGAGUAGCUUGCCAAGCAAUUCUGAAAGUACAUGCAUUUUUUCAUUUGUUCCAUCGCAAACUAUAAAAAACAUAAAGCUCCCGGCAACUAUCCAGUCAAAGCCACAUUGACAUUAUCUCACCCCUAGUUAACCACUAUUGGCUUAAAAAGCCAAACGUAACACAACAUCUGCCAAUACAUUUCCAUCAAUAUUGCCCCUCUCUGUCGGUUUGGGGCACGCGUUUGUUUAUAACGCCGUAUGUAGCCAGUUAGCGAUGCUAAUGAUAACCGUCUUGUGGGUAGACAGAAAGACUUUCCCCAAAAACCUUCUCAAUUAAAUGUUAACUUCAAAGUAGGCUUACCUGACAGAACUAUAAAUAAGGAUUAUUUGUAUCAAUUGAGUGGCCAUUGUUCUACAAACUGUGCCAUGACGUGCUGCAGCAGUAGUCCUAACAGCAGAAACAUCGCUAGACCGACACAUUUCUCUUCUUCUUUUCCGGCAGACUACAUGCUUUGUUGUGUAUUGCUGCCUUUCACAGUUUGGAAAGUGCGUUGCACAUUUGUUCACAAAAAAUUUGAAAUGGGAGGGGAAAAGGGAAAUUGCACCGCCAUCUAACCCUAUUUGGAAAGUAUUCAGACCCCUUGACUUUUUCCACAUUUUGUUACGUUACAGCCUUAUUCUAAAAUGGAUUAAAUCAUUUUUUCCCCUCAUCAAUAUACACACAAUACCUGUUAAUGACAAAGCAAAAACAGGUUUUUAGAAAUGUUAGCAAAUGUAUUAAAAAUUAAGAACUGAAAUAUCACAUUUACAUAAGUAUUCAGACCCUUUACUCAGUACUUUGUUGAAGCACCUUUGGCAGCGAUUACAGCCUUGAGUCUUCUUGGGUAUGAUGCUACAAGCUUGGCACACCUGUAUUUGGGGAGUUUCUCCCAUUCUUCUCUGAAGAUCCUCUCAAGCUCUGUCAGGUUGGAUGGGGAGUGUCGCUGCAAAGCAAUUUUCCGGUCUCUCCAGAGAUGUUCGAUCAGGUUCAAGUCCGGGCUCUGGCUGGGCCACUCAAGGACAUUCAGAGACUUGUCCCGAAGCCACUCCUGCGUUGCCUUGGCUGUGUGCUUAGGGUCGUUGUCCUGUUGGAAGGUGAACCUUUGCCCCAGUCUGAGGUGACCAUCGUGUUCUUGGUCACCUCCCUGACCAAGGCUUUUCUCCCCCGGUUGCUCAGUUUGGCCGGGUGGCCAGCUCUAGGAAGAGUCUUGGCGGUUCCAAACUUCUUCCACUUAAGAAUGAUGGACUGUUCAUGGGGACACAAUCCUGUCUCGCGCUCUACGGACAAUUCCUUCGACCUCAUGGCUUGGUUUUUGCUCUGACAUGCACGGUCAACUGUGGGACCUUUUUAUAUAGACAGGUGUGUGCCUUUCCAAAUCAUGUCCAAUCAAUUGAAUUUACCACAGGUGGACUCCAAUCAAGUUGUAGAAACAUCUCAAGAAUGAUCAGUGGAAACAGGAUGCACCUGAGCUCAAUUUCGAGUCUCAUAGCAAAGUGUCUGAAUACUUUUAUUUUAUGGGAUAUUGUGUGUAGAUGUUUUAAUUUUAUUUAAUCAAUUUUAGAAUAAGGCUGUAGCGUAACAAAAUCUGGGAAAAGUCAAGGGGUCUGAAUACUUUCCGAAUGCACUGUAUAUAUCACUAUCCACAACACACCACACUACCUCUUCUCACUACUUUGACCCCAACAGAUCCUACACCAGGCCGUUGGCCUGGGAGGCUGGAACACCUUCUCUCAAAGCCCCCUGUAGGCCUUCUGCACUGAAAUCUCAAACACUCGAAAACUUCUGUUGCUGCUACUACCAAUUCAAUAUUCUGGGAUUUCCUUUCCAUCUGUGCGGUACAAUUAAUGACCAUAGCAAUAAACGUCAAGAAGCCAACCUUACUAAAGCACAAACUGUUUGGGUCACUCUGUACUGGCCUACUAGUCACAGGGAUCCUCUCAGGCUCUCUCACCCUUUACCCACCAUCCUCUGCUUUCCUCACUGUCUCAGCAUAUGACACUUUCUGCACUGCUCUCACACUGGAAACUUCAACCUGUCUCACUCGCACAGGACAUUUCUGAUCCCCAGCAACAUAGCCACCCCCACAAUUGAAACACUUAUUCUGAUUUGAUUUAAGCAUUGACAUGGACUCAGAACAUCCAUUUUCAUUGUUUCUCUAUUAUUAAUUGUAAUAUUGAGAGUAAAAAAACUGAAAAAAUCCCAAACCAGUAAAAAUACAACCGAUAACUGAAUUCUGGAAAAUACUAAAGAUAAUUUUAUUGGGGCCUGUCAUGCCAAAUACUGUUUAAUAACCAUUAUUUACCAUGUACAGUGGGGAGAACAAGUAUUUGAUACACUGCCGAUUUUGCAGGUUUUCCUACUUACAAAGCAUGUAGAGGUCUGUAAUUUUUAUCAUAGGUACACUUCAACUGUGAGAGGGAAUCUAAAACAAAAAUCCAGAAAAUCACAUUGUAUGAUUUUUAAGUAAUUCAUGUGCAUUUUAUUGCAUGACAUAAGUAUUUGAUACAUCAGAAAAGCAGAACUUAAUAUUUGGUACAGAAACCUUUGUUUGCAAUUACAGAGAUCAUACGUUUCCUGUAGGUCUUGACCAGGUUUGCACACACUGCAGCAGGGAUUUUGGCCCACUCCUCCAUACAGACCUUCUCCAGAUCCUUCAGGUUUCGGGGCUGUCGCUGGGCAAUACGGACUUUCAGCUCCCUCCAAAGAUUUUCUAUUGGGUUCAGGUCUGGAGACUGGCUAGGCCACUCCAGGACCUUGAGAUGCUUCUUACGGAGCCACUCCUUAGUUGCCCUGGCUGUGUGUUUCGGGUCGUUGUCAUGCUGGAAGACCCAGCCACGACCCAUCUUCAAUGCUCUUACUGAGGGAAGGAGGUUGUUGGCCAAGAUCUCGCGAUGCAUGGCCCCAUCCAUCCUCCCCUCAAUACGGUGCAGUCGUCCUGUCCCCUUUGCAGAAAAGCAUCCCCAAAGAAUGAUGUUUCCACCUCCAUGCUUCACGGUUGGGAUGGUGUUCUUGGGGUUGUACUCAUCCUUCUUCUUCCUCCAAACCCGGCGAGUGGAGUUUAGAUCAAAAAGCUCUAUUUUUGUCUCAUCAGACCACAUGACCUUCUCCUAUUCCUCCUCUGGAUCAUCCAGAUGGUCAUUGGCAAACUUCAGACGGGCCUGGACAUGCGCUGGCUUGAGCAGGGAGACCUUACGUGCGCUGCAGGAUUUUAAUCCAUGACGGCGUAGUGUGUUACUAAUGGUUUUCUUUGAGACUGUGGUCCCAGCUCUCUUCAGGUCAUUGACCAGGUCCUGCCGUGUAAUUCUGGGCUGAUCCCUCACCUUCCUCAUGAUCAUUGAUGCCCCAAGAGGUGAGAUCUUGCAUGGAGCCCCAGACCGAGGGUGAUUGACCGUCAUCUUGAACUUCUUCCAUUUUCUAAUAAUUGCGCCAACAGUUGUUGCCUUCUCACCAAGCUGCUUGCCUAUUGUCAUGUAGCCCAUCCCAGCCUUGUGCAGGUCUACAAUUUUAUCCCUGAUGUCCUUACACAGCUCUCUGGUCUUGGCCAUUGUGGAGAGGUUGGAGUCUGUUUUGAUUGAGUGUGUGGACAGGAGUCUUUUAUACAGGUAACGAGUUCAAACAGGUGCAGUUAAUACAGGUAAUGAGUGGAGAACAGGAGGGCUUCUUAAAGAAAAACUAACAGGUCUGUGAGAGCCGGAAUUCUUACUGGUUGGUAGGUGAUCAAAUACUUAUGUCAUGCAAUAAAAUGCACAUUAAUUACUUAAAAAUCAUACAAUGUGAUUUUCUGGAUUUUUGUUUUAGAUUCCGUCUCUCACAGUUGAAGUGUACCUAUGAUAAAAAAUUACAGACCUCUACAUGCUUUGUAAGUAGGAAAACCUGCAAAAUCGGCAGUGUAUCAAAUACUUGUUCUCCCCACUGUAUAUAGACAGAGAACACAUCUCUUGCACACCCAGGACCCGGGGAAGAGUUGCAGGGUAUGGGAGAAGAGAACCAAUGUGCCUAUUCGAAGGCUAUAAAAUAAAUGGGUAGCUUGCGAUUUUUUUAAAAAAGUAGCUCUCGUGCUAGAAAAGGUUGGAGACCCUUGAACUAGAGCUUCACAAGCACAAAUACAAAAACACACAUUAAUGUCAAGUGUUAUUAGUGUGGAAGGUCAGGAGAGGGGAAGCCAAGGGGAAGCGUACACCUCAGCUAUGCAGUGCUUCGUGCCUGUGGCAUAAUAUGUCUGUGUGUGAACAUUACUGUAUGGCCUCAAGGACCUGUAUCACUGUUUUUGAGCUAGAAUUUUGUUUCCUUCCUACCUAUGGCAUGAGUUGUUUUUAAACAUCUCUCCUGACCUUUGGCCUGUUGCUGCUCAGUUCAACUGAGGACUGAAUCAUAAGCGUUUAGUCAUAAAGCAACUCAUUUUGUACAUUCCAUGUCAAUAUUUGAAAUGCUGUUAAGCUGCUAUGAUAUAGGCUUAUCAGGCUUAGACACACAUCAGUUGUUGUUUUUCUGUCAGCUUAUGUUAAAAAAUGUUUGUCUUCAAAUGGUACAAAGAUGUAAAAUACAAGCACUGCUUACACAUCAUAUACUGGACUGUUAAUCUGUAGUGCCAUAACAUUCCUAGAUAACUGUUGAAGAAAGAGACAGAAUACUGUUCAGUCUUGUAUUUUACUGUACACAGUAUACCAAAGACAGAGCCUGUAGUCUCUUCCCACAGUCACUGCAUGACAUCAGUCUGGAAAGCAAAAGUAAAGAGCUUCAGACCUGAGCAGAAAAUAGUUGUAAUUUGUAGUUUAUUUGAAAAUACCAACUUUUCAAAUACUCAAGGUUGAAUAGAGUUUCAACUAAAAGGAACUAUUUUCUUUGAUAUUCAAAUACAGGUCUCAGAAAAACAAAUAAUAUUUGAAAGUAUUUUGAAUACCUCUCAGAAAACCAAAUACUGUUUGACGGUAUUUGAAUAUAUGCCUUCUUGAAAACAUUUUUUAUUUUUUAUUUGAUGGCUGCUAAAUAUUUAAUUAAGAACCAUAAACUUCAACAGUUGAAUCAUUCUAAAUAUAUGAUCAUAAGCACAUGGUUUGGAGAGCUCUUAGAUAUGAAUCUUAAUAUAAUUUAUAGUCUAGAAUUAAAUACAUGAGGGACAUGUAAUCACCUCAACAUCAGAAUACACCACUGUUGCAGCUUCAAAAUAAACUAACAAAUAUUUUCAUAAUGAGUGAGACAUAUGGUAAUCCAGUAAAAGUUGGCAUCAUGUGUAGUAACUUUGAUUAUUACAACAGCAACAUUAUUGUUACUAGGACUUUGGAAAUUGCUUUACAAUUGCAUAAAUAAUGGAGUUAUUACAUAAGUGGAAUAAGGAACAGUUACUUUACAGUAGUUACAAAAACGUUCAGCUCAUUGCUAUGCAAAUAAAAUGCAAUUAACAAAGUAUUAUGUAACAACAUGCUAAUAAAAUGUUGCUCCAAAAGUAAUUACAGUUGUGGUCAAUUUGCAGUGUGCAAAUUAUUUAUAAUUAUGUUCCGGGCCACCCCACCAUCCGCUCCGACAAAAAUCGUCCCGCGGCUGAAUCUAGUUGCCUACCCUUGGUAUAGUGUGUUUAAAAUAACACUUACCCUCCGAUGGACAAAGAGGUUCAAAGUUGCUUAACAUCCAACUUGCUGUUUGCAAUGAGCUUUGAAUUACUCUGCAGUAUUUUCAGGUAUUAUACAAUUUCUUGCAGCUUUCAACCUUUUCAGUGGCAUGUUGAAAGAGUCAGAGUAGUUGAGUCACAACUUAUUUAUACUUAUCUGUACAAAAUAGCAUUAGUUAAUUGGUUUGACUUGAUUAUGUACACCUGGGGCAAUGGACAUUCAGGAGAAUGGACAUUUACAGAAUGUUCAGAUAGAAAUGUAUUGUGUAGAUCAAAUAUGGCUGUCCGAUAGAUUGGAAUAGUAUAGGAGAUUGUGUGUGCUCUUCAUUAUAUUUCUAUUUUCAAAAUGCAGUUCCAGAUACAGCCCUGUCAUUAGUUGAAGGCAGCCAGUCCAAUAGUUUCAGAAAAGUAGUCACUUCCUGAGAUCUGUAUUCAAAUAUUUUGAACAAGUAGUUGCUUUCUCAGAUCCGUAUUCAAAUAGUUUUGAAAAGUAGUUACUUUCUGAGAUCUGUAUUCAAAUAGUUGUAGUCACCUCCAAAGUAACUAUUUGUUCCCCUGGAAAAUGUUUCACUUUUCACAAAGCAUAGUUAAAACUAUAGUUAUCCCAGGUCUGAAGAACAUGAGACUCUGCAGAACUCAGGGCGUCCAAACAGAGGAUAACUCAAUCUAAAUAAUAAGGUUGCCAAAUGUGUGUUAUUGCUUUGAUGCAUACCAGUUACAGUACUUCACAGCAAUUAUUCAAUCCCCUAAUAUACAUACAGUAGAUGCUUUAGUUGUGUGGUCUAUGGAGAGUCAGUAAAUGUCUGGGAGGUUUCAGCCGAGGCAGAGUUACAUAAACACAGGUCUUAUUAUUCCAGUAUUGCAUACCAUUUAUAGGAUGGAAAACAUAUUCUGUGGAGGUCCGGAGAGGAGAUAUCUGUCCUGGGGCUCAGUAGGUCACUGUUUAUUUGGAGGAGAUUACUUUGUUAUUGGAGGAAGGUCACUUUCUCCCGGGGACAGCCCUGUGUGUUCUCCUAACACUUCUUUAGUCUCUGCUACCCAGGCUGGGCCACCGCUGGGCCCUGUCAGUGUCCAUCCCCAGCCCUAUCCCCAUCCCUGGGCCCAGCCCGAGCUUCUAUAUCACCAGAACCACCAGGAAGACAGGGGAACCCAGGGGUGA